UUUCACCUGUGCUUUACUCUGCCCUACACUGUACAUUUUGUAUUCUAAGCCCUGUUCCUUCUGCAUAAAUGAGUGCUCCGAACAGUCCCAAUCAGUACAUACCGCUGGGCGAGCGUGCCAGCAGCGUGCUGCCACACCCACAAUUAGCAGAGCGCAGUCCAGUCGCCACACCACAACCAACCGACCGCAACCUAGAGGAACCCGACGGGGUGGACGACGCCAUGGAUAGGGAUGGCGGCAGUGACGAUGACAAUGACAGUGACUACGUAGACGAGGAGGCCAUGCUGGAGGAGGCUGCCGAGACCCUGGGGUUUCGGGUAGCGGUGCGGCGACACUCGCAGCAGGACCUGCUAGACAUGGCCGACUUUCUCCUGACCUUCAUAUACCUGUACACAUUCCUGGUGGACAAGAGCAUAGUGAAUGCAAUGGUCCGCUACGUAGCAUCAAUUACCGCGAUGUAUCCGCGAACAAACUACGGGGUCGGGGUUGCCUUGAGCGUGAUGGCGCUUGCCAACUCGCUGAGCAUUGCGCGGCACAUAAGCAUGGGCUUGUCACAGCACGGGUUUGAUGCGACUGGCGCGUUGGUGGACUUUAUCGGAUGCAGUAGCCCACACCUGGUGCUGGUACUGCUGGUAGAUUUGUUUGCGCUAUUUAUCGAGUUUGUGCGCGUUUUUGCGUACUCGCCCAUGCACUUUGCCAAGGCACGGACAGCAAGAGUUUUAGCACUGAUUCUGGCGGCUGAGAGGGCUGACGACAUCGUCAGUGCAUUGGCAGAACAGAUUGGCGAGGGCAGCGGGUCGGACACUGCGACACCAGAGCAGAUGGCUGCAGCGACGGGGAAUGAGGACGAUCAGGUCGUGCUCAGCAUCGAUUCUGGGAGCCCACCGCAGCAAGGCGAUUCUAUAUCCAGCCCGUCUGCGCUAGUGUUUACUGUCUUUGCUGUUUCGAGAGCCUCGAUAGCUGCCUGUGUACGACUUGACAGCGAAUUGAGACGCAGGUUUGCUGAGGCAUCUCAGCAGGAGGACCCGCCAGAAGACAGCCCGUCCACGGUAGCAGGUAUAACAGUGACUACACGGGAGCGAGCUAGUAGCUCUUGA